AUGGCAAGAGGGAGUCUGUUGCUGGUGGUGGGCCUUUUAGCUCUUCUGUAUGGUGCCCAUGGACGAGUGCUUCUCCAGUCGGAGGCUAAGGGUGGCAGCGCAACUGCCAGCGCCUCGGUCAGCGUCACUAAUGGGCAGGCGACGGCCAGUGCCAAUGAGACAGCCAGCAUGAACGUGACUGCUGGCAACAUGACUGCAAACCUGAAUGCCACCGAUGGGAACAUGACCACAGGCAACAUGACAGAAGGUUUCAACCUGACGAAUGGAAACAUUACUGAAGGCAUGAACAUGACUGAAGCCAUGAACAUGAUUGGUGGCAACAUGACCGUGGCCGAGAAUGUGAUGAAUAUGGUGAGCCCCAAGAACGUGACCGCCAUGCCCGAUGCCAAGAAUGCAACGGGGACAAACACGCACAGGAACCUGACUGCGGGAAAAGACCACGACGAUGUCGAGUCGGGCAACAAGACAAGCGCAACUGCAGCAGCGGUGAGCAAGGGCGAUGACGAUGCCACAAGUGUGGCAACAGCGAGCGCAGGAGGCAAGAAUGCAAUGGCAGUUGCCAAGACGACAACCAAAGAUGCUUCGACAGUUGCCAGAAAAGGAAGCGACACUGCCGCCAAGGAUGGUGCCAAUGCUACUGCUUCUGUCAGUGUUUCCAAAGCCGAGAAUGCAACAGGUUCUGGGAAGGCUGAAGGCGUGAAUGCCACUGCUUCUGCCAAUGCAACUGUGGUUAACAGCGCCAAUGCCACAGCCAAAGUGGAGGCCAUGAAUGCUACUGCAUCUGCCAACGCGACUGUUGCUGCCAACGCAACUGCCACCGCCAAGGCAGAGGCCAAGAACAUUACCGUUGUUGUGGAGAGGGAGGACGCCAAGGAAUUUGUGAAGGUGGCUGAUGAUGAUGAUGAGACCGUGGUGAGCAAUGCCACCACCUCCAAGGUCGAUGGCAUGAAUGCUACCGCAGAUGCCAAUGCCACAACGGACAAGAAUGCGACAGCCAUGGCCAAGGGCAUGAAUGUGAUGGCCUCUGUCAACGCCACUGUGGGGAAGAAUGCCACUUCCAAGGUCGAAGCCAUGAAUGUGAUGGCCUCUGCCAACGCCACUGUGAGCAAGAAUGCCACGUCCAAGGUCGAAGGCAUGAAUGUGACGGCCUCUGCCAAUACCACUGCGGGCAAGAAUGCCACUUCCAAGGUUGAUGGAAUGAAGGUGACAGCCUCUGCGAGUGCCACUACAGGCAAGAAUGCCACUUCCAAGGCUGAUGGCAUGAACAUGACGGCCUCUGCCAAUGACAUGGCCAAUGGGACAGCGGCCGCCAACACAACAGCAACCGCAAAUGUCACCGGCAGUGUGAAUUCUACCGUGCUUGUCAGGGAACAGAACAGGAACGACACUGGCCUCGUGGUGACCAUGUCAACUAACGAAACUGCAGUUGCAAACGAGACUGUGGCGGCGAACCAGACCAUGGCUGCGAACGAGACCAUGGCAGCCGACACCCCCAAGUCUGCGAAUGCAACUGCGGUUGCCAAGGGCAAGAAUGCCACUGCAACUGCUGCGGCUGCUGAUGGGAACACCACGGUGGCCACCGCCGUCGCUGGGAGCAACAACACCACUGGGGCUGCCAAGGAAGCAGGCAAGAAUGCUACAGUGGCAGUGGCCACAGCGAACGGAGGCAAGAAUGCGAGUGCCGUUGCAACUGCUGUUGCAAACGGGGGCUCAAAGGACGUGGAUGAUGGCAAGGUGGAGGGGACUGGUGUUGAGACUGUGGUGCGCGCCGCCCCUGCCAACGGUGAGGCCGCCAACCUUCCUGGUGCUGAGGACAAGCUGGGCUGCGAAGAGUGCCCGUACUGCCCAGCAGGCAAUGAUGCCCGAUUCCAGGUUAUCAACUACUUGGCACAGUCCACUGAGGUCAAGAUCUCCUUCAAGGUCGGGACCAUCAAGUACAGCGGGGAGCUGAGCGUCAGCCCCAGGCUGAAGGAAUGGGUGGACAUCGUGCCCGGCGCCACUGACAUCACCCUGGAGUUCCCCGACUGCGACAACCACAUCGUGGCAUGGAACACCACGGAGGAGGUCAUGGGCCCGGGGCUGAGCCUCGCUGUCGAGGAGGGCUGUGGAGACGGCCUCUAG